GCAUAGCUUCCACUCCAAGGAAAAAAAAUGACAAGUUCUUAACAUCACUGAACUAACAAAUUCUUUUUAAGAAAACAAUCAAACCCUACUUAAUUAUCCGUUAGUUAUCCGUUACAAUUCUUGUAAGAGUACUUUAGGAAAGAAUUAUUUCAAUUGACAUCCAGAAAUGACAAGAUGUAUAAGAAACGAGGUUAAUUUAAAAAGCACCGGUGAGUGCUCAUUGAGCCGUGAGCUUAUAAUCAAACGGGGCAGAAUUAUUUUGAGCAACUCGCAGCAUACAACUCGAUGAGCCAGCAUCUGCGACGCAUUCUAUUGGCGAAAAGCGUAGUCGACACAAGAAAUAAAAAUUAUAUGUGCAGAAAGAAUAAGAGAAGCAAGCCAGCUGAUGACAGAAGAAUUUGCUCUCUCCCGGAGACGACGGAUGACAUAAUCGACAGAUUAGCCUAUGAUACUCAACAUCAUCCAAUGGACGUAUUAAGGAUAAAACCAAGUCUGGAAUGUCUGGAUUAUUGUGACUGCAACUUGGAACACCGGCGAUCGAGAAACUGUGGCCGACUGUGUUGUAGAGCGAGCAGUCAAAAUCGUCGACAACGAUCAAGGAGUCAAAGAUCGAUAUCACCCGCCACGGCGUCAAAACGUAAAAAAUUCAUAUCGAAUGCCGUUUACGGGAUGGAAUUCAAAACCGCGCGGAGAAACCCUUGCAUGAUCGGCUCGUCGGUAGGCUUUUUGCGACAGAGAAAAUGUAGAUACGAGACAGAUCCUGUUUUCGUUCCUUGCACAACUGCUACUUUAGACUCGUUAGAAUUUAAACCGACGUGUUGUUCCCCGAUACAAGAAACAAACGACCAUCGAUCGGCAUCGUCAAGCACCUCGCGAAGCCACGACGAUUCCGAUCGCGACAAAGCCGUCAAUCGACCUGUGUCUCAGCAAGAAGAUGGAAAGAAAUAUGUUAAUUUCAUCUACGAUAUCACCAGAGAGAUUAAGCAAAAUGGUCUCUAUACCGAUAAGGAACUGCAGGAUGUGUUCAAGAAGCACAUCGAAAAAAAUAAAGGAACAUUGGACAUGAAUAGAAUGCUGUAUGAGGUCUACCAGCUGAAGAUUUCUUUAAACAUACUGGAUGAUGGAUCGGAUACAGAUGACGAGUUGGAGGAUCUUAUCCACGCACAAACGUUACUGCACGUCUCCGAGAUCAGGCCACCUACGCCACCAAAGGUGCUGGACGAGAACAAAGUUAUUGAUAAGCUUCAGUCUUAUCAGAAGUCAAUAGAGACUCAGAAUGGACAGUUGAGCAAGGGUCCCACGAAAAAGGUGGUACUGUACGACUUCAAUGAGCCAAAGAUGUACCCCAUAACGGUAAAAGAUUUGAUGGUGGGAGUGAUAGAAAUGCAAAUGCACGCUCAAGAAGUACGAGCCAAUUCUUCAGUGUCGAAACAUGUGUCCACGCAAGAUGAGACGGAAGAGAAGCUUAAUGGUCAAAAAGAAUCCGACGUUCACAUGAUUCAGUCGGAAGCGGAAGCUUCGUAUUCCUCGCAGUUUGAGAAAUCAGAGGAAUCCCAAGACGACGACAGACGGGCUUCUCUCACGGGCGAGACGAUCGAGAGUUCCCACGCUUCCGUUAAAGAUCGUUCGAUCGAUUCCUCGGUGAAACAAGACGCCAACUCUUCAACGUCGAACCUCGUGUCCAUACAAGAUGAGACAAUGGAAACUGAAGAGCUGACCGAGUCCGCGCCAGCGGCUGAGAGUUCUCAAGUCGAAUCGUAAUCCGGACCAAAGAUAAUGUGGACACGUUCGAGCUAACUUUUGGCUUGCUGCCUUCAUGGAUUUGCCGACAUGAAUUUCAGCUCGUUUCUUCAGGGAAAGAAAUAACUCUGAAAAUAACUUUGAAAUUCCCGUAAAACAUUGGUAACAAGCCCACGACAAGACGCGGCAUCAAUCCGCGAUCCAGAUUAAUCUUUAGACUGUCGGAAAAGCCACAAAAGUGACUUUAUAGCCACAAAAGUGACUUUCCACUUUCCACGGCAGUCUGAAGGUUAAGCAUUUCUCCACGUCGCGCAAACCUCAUAUAUUGAAGCUCUUGGCUACUCGCCGCGACCAUCUUGAUUAAUGAUGUCAGAAGCAAGAAAAUGUAUAAAGUAUCAAAAUUCCUACAAAGCAUGUCGAAAUAAAGAUACGUUUAAAAAAUAUCACUUGCAAGAUCGAUCAAGUAUACCUUUAAAUACUCAGAACAUUUUUGUUUUAACAAUCAAUAAAUGACUGUACAAUUAUCGUGUUCGGAGUAUCUUAGAGAUGUGCUUAAUCGAUUACAAGUGUUAUUUUUUGGAUAUAUAUUUCGACGUAGGAAUUUGCAAGGAUUUUUGGCACGCAUUCCUCGAUUCUGAUAUCAUAAGUGCGUUUUCGUUCUCAUUCCUACACUGUUGCUGAAAAGCAUUUAAUUUUACGUUACAAUUUUGCCGUUAUACACAUUCUCUCCUCGCAUUCGUUAAUAACAUAUUGUGUUAGCAACAAAUGAACGUUAGAUGCACAGUUCUCAUCUGUCGUUUGACAGAUAUUAGAGUAAAUUAUGGUAUAAUAUACUAGGAUAAAUUAUGAUAAUAGGAGCAAAGUAUAAUACACAAGUAUUCUGGUGAUCUUGUUCGUAUACUUUUCUUUUAUUACACCCUGAUUUUACUUUUUUGUUUAACAAAGUACGUGUAUGUGCGACGCUUGUAGCACCCGCCGCGUGUAUAGCUUUUCCAAUAUUCUCCCCUUCCUCCGCAGACAAAAUAUACACAUGGUGAAAAAAUAGAGGUCAUGUACAUUCAUUCCUUGCGCAUAUACAACAUUCUGCACAUAUCUAAGUACAGGUACUGGUAUACAAAGUCACGUGUUUGUACAACAGGAGGUUUGCACGAUAUCGCCGUGCCGAUCUUUUUAUGUUACAGUGCGGUUUGUCAUACAAAAGCAAUAAAACAGCUGUAUGUGAUCUCGA